AUGCUACACGGUCCAGGCUCUGUGACGCCGGGGGACAAGGCCAUAUGUGACGCCAGAGAGUUAGAUCUCAACAGGUUAGAUGGGGACACAGCUGUCUGCCCUCCCAUGAGAAAUGGACAAGAUGACCUUCCAGGGUUUGAUCUGAUCACCCAGUUCCAGUUGGACGUUAUUCCUCUGAAGGGGGUGAGGAAGGUGGAGGGCUCCACUCCUCUCCAGGUGGCGUACCGCCUCGAUAAGGAGGCCAACUUCCAGAUUCCUACCAGGCUCAACUUUCCCCGGGGUUUCCCUGACGAGUACUCCGUCAUGGUCACGUUCCGUAUGAUCAAGAACACGGUGAACAAGGUGUGGAACGUGUGGCAGGUAGUGGACGAGGACGGCCGGAAGCAGGCAGGGCUCAGGCUAAAUGGAGACCAGCAAGCGCUGGAGUACUUCCUGAUGGGCCAGGAUGGCAACCUGCAGACCGUCACCUUCCCAGGGCUCUCUGUGUUGUUCAACACCAAGUGGCACAAGAUGAUGAUUGGAGUGGAGAGAGACCAGGUCACCCUGUAUGUGGACUGUCAGCCCGUGGACAAGAAGCCUAUCAAGGGCAAAGGCCCCGUCAACACAGAGGGAGAUACACUUAUUGGGAGGCUGGAUGUUGAUGCUGAUGCUUCUGUUGUGUUUGAACUCCAGUGGAUGCUGAUCCAUUGCGACCCAAAGAGAGCCAAUAGAGAGAACUGCCAGGAGCUGCCUGCCAUAGAGAUGUAUGCCAAUGCUGAGCCUGACCCCAAGCCUGUCCCUGUCCCUGGCCCUCCCGGUUCCACUGGCCCUGAGGGGCCCCGGGGGCCACACGGAGAGGACGGCAGAGACGGGAGAGAUGGCCUUCCAGGUUCACCUGGCAGUGCUGGCACUACUGGGGCCAAAGGUGACCAGGGGGAGAUCGGUUUGCCUGGACAGAGAGGCCUGCCUGGCUUACCAGGAGCUUCUGGAGUGCCUGGUUCAAUGGGCCCAAGAGGACCUGUGGGUGAGAGAGGACUUCAAGGUUUUCCUGGACCAGCAGGCUCUCCCGGCCCUGAGACAGCUGGACCUCCCGGCCCACCUGGGAAAGCAGGAACUCCAGGAGACGAGGGGAACAUUGGGCCUGAGGGUCCCCCUGGGCCUAGAGGGGGUCUGGGUCUCCCUGGUCCCGCUGGUCUACCAGGACCACCUGGACCUGUGGGACCACCUGGGGCUGGAAAAGCUGAGGGGAGUGGGGAUGAUUGCCCUGCUGCCUGUCCAGCUGGACCACAGGGAAACCCAGGGUUGUCAGGGAUGAAGGGACAUAAGGGAUUACCAGGUGAUAAUGGAGCUGCAGGGGAAGCUGGACAAAAGGGUGAGCCAGGACCAUCUGGGGUGCAGGGCCUAACAGGCAAGAUGGGAGAUGAUGGACAAAGAGGUACUAUUGGUUUUCCUGGUAGUCCUGGAGAUAAGGGGGACAGGGGUCCCCCUGGUUUCAACGGCAUCCCAGGACCCACCGGACCACCGGGUUCUCCUGGUAUGGAGGGCAUUCGUGGACGUCAGGGUCUGGAGGGAGAAAAAGGCGAUGAUGGAGCCAUCGGUCCUCAGGGAGAUCAGGGUCCUGUUGGUGCAAAGGGAGACACUGGUACUCCUGGGGCAGAUGGCAUGGAUGGACUCCCUGGAGUGGAUGGAGCUAAGGGAGAAGCUGGCGUUCCUGGGACUGUAGGAAUCAGGGGUGUCGUCGGAAUUCCAGGCUUCCCAGGAGAGCAGGGGCUGGUUGGAGCUGGAGGCGCCAAGGGUGACACAGGAGCUGACGGACCAGUAGGACCAAUCGGAGUUCCUGGGAAAACAGGGGCAACUGGAACAGCAGGAGAAGAUGGGAAACCAGGAGACAAAGGAACUACUGGCGAGACAGGAAAGCAGGGACCAGUGGGGGUCACAGGUGAUACAGGCAUGCAGGGUGACAAAGGGGACAAAGGUGACACUGGUGAAAAGGGACUGAAGGGUCACACUGGAUACAAGGGAGACCAAGGCUCUAUUGGUCCCAAUGGCCCAAAGGGAAGUGAAGGUGAUCCAGGUCUUACAGGCAAUUCUGGAGUCAAGGGAGACCAGGGUCCUUCUGGUGUUCCUGGAAUCAAAGGAGAGGUUGGAGAGAAGGGCAUGAGGGGAUAUACCGGGGAAAAUGGUAGACCAGGGCAGCCGGGUCAUGAGGGUUUGACCGGUCCCCAGGGAUCCAAUGGACUGGAGGGAGAGAGAGGGUUACAUGGAUCACCUGGCCCUAGAGGCCUACCUGGUCCUAAAAUGAAUGAUAUCAAACUUCGCGAACUAUGCUCAGCAAUUGUUGAAGAACACUUAGCAGAGUUUAAGAAAGAGGUCCUAAAGAAUCCAGCAGCGAUCGGGGCCCCUGGCAUGGCAGGACUGCGGGGCCCCGCAGGUCCACCGGGCCCAGCAGGGACUGCAGGAGAGGCCGGUCCCAGAGGACCGAUGGGAAUGAAGGGACCACCUGGAUACUUUGGGUUACCAGGCACACCUGGAAAACAAGGUGACGCUGGUUUAAAGGGAGAUACAGGACAUAAGGGAGAAAACGGAGUGGGAAUCCCAGGAAGUCCAGGCGAGCCAGGCCCACAAGGUGUGGCUGGCGUCCCUGGCAUCGGGAAGGACGGUAAAGAUGGAGCUCCCGGUAAAGACGGUGUUAAUGGUAGCCCAGGUGCCUCUGGUUCCAGGGGAGCUACAGGAGCCCCAGGCUAUUGUGACCCCUCAAACUGUAUAGGCAGACCCCCACCUCUCUACAUGAUGAGUGGGGGGAAGAAAUCCUUCAGCUAUAGCAAGGGGCCGUGAGGAACACAAGCAGAAGCUCAGAACACAUUGCAUCUCUAGCAGCAGCAAGACAUGGCGUGACGUACCCAGUUCAGGAGUGGUAAUACAUGGGAGUCUUCACAUGUCUCCCUCAUCGCACCGCAGAGCCAAAGAGAAACAGAGACAAGGCAAAUGUAAUUUAGAAUACUGUAUAGAUAUUUUUCUAGCUUUUCAUCUUUUAGAGUGAUGCGUCGUUUUUUUGUGGAGAGAGCUUAUCUGAUGUUAUGCAUUCUAAGACAGCUGCUAUUGAUUUUAAGCUAGCCUUUAAACUGAUCGGUGGCCCAUCAUGGCCCAAGUGCUGUCCCAAAGAAAAAUUACACAAACUUAUAAAAUGACAAUUUUGUUACAUUCAUGUUGUUCCAUUCAUACCCACAGAUUCAGAUAGAAAAACAGGGCAAUGUGUUGGUUUUCAACCAACACAAAGGUAAAUACUGUAUGUAUUUUACUUCUAUUCAUGUACUGUUUAAUUCAAUUCAUUGUUUAAAUAAAUUCAUUCAAAAAUGUCCUCACCAGCACCAUGUACAGUACGAAGUUCAGCCUUUCACAAAUAACAAAACCUCAAACUGCGCUUUGGAAUCAUUCAUUUUCAAUAUUGAUCAAUGAACCAAUAAAUAACGGCAAAAGUCCACUACCAUGAUGAGCCAUAGACAGAUAUUGGUAGUUCAUGUUUUCAUUCAGUCACUUGAACAUAGGAUAAUCUAUGUUAUACAGAAGUUGUACAGUACGAGUACACAUGUUUUUCCUUGUUAUUGUUUUUUAUAACAAUGUAAUAAACUGUUUUGUUUGGGAAAUAGUG